ACCUUUAUAACUGUGAGAUACCGUAUUUUUCAUCCACUCUAUUCUGUACAAAAACAGUAAAGGAAAAAGGGAGAGAAAACAAGUUUUCUCAUCAAGAAAAGCAAAAUCAGAAGACGUCCACUCUAGAAAUCAAAAAAACACUAAUAGAUUCGGAUUCAUCAAGCUGAUUGCAGUCACAUCCAACAUGAUCAACGUAAACAAACAUGAAAAGCCAGAGAAUGUUGCCUCUAUAGAGCUGCAAAGCCUGAAGGUAAUUACCCCCCUUGGACGCGGAGGUAAAGGAGUGGUGUUUUUAGUUCAAACACAGGACGACGAGUUGCUUGCUCUAAAAGCUAUUUGUAGAGCUUCAAUUGAGAAGAACAAUUCCAAUAGAAACAGGGAUGGCAGCGAAUACAGAAGAAUUUGGCUCGAGCGCGAUUUGCUCAGUUCUUUUCACCAUCCGCUUCUCCCGAAAUUGAAAGGAGUUGUAUCAACUGAUAAGAUUGUUGGAUAUGCCAUUGAUUAUUGUCCUGGUGGUGAUCUCAAUUCUCUCAGGAAAAAACAAACUGAAAAGAUGUUCUCAGAUGAUACUAUAAGAUUCUACGCGGCGGAGUUAGUGUUGGUUUUGGAGCAUCUACAUAAAUCAGGGAUUGUAUACAGAGAUUUGAAGCCAGAAAACAUAAUGAUUCAAGAAACCGGUCAUAUAAUGCUAAUCGAUUUCGAUCUCUCUACAAAACUCUCGCCUACAACUCCAGAAACUCGUCAAAUAAAAACAGCCCAUCAGGAACCCGGAAAAACCGCGUUGAAGAGCAAAAAGAAGAAAAAACUAUCUCUCUGGAACAAAUGUUGCAAUUCAGGAAUCUCUCCAGAUGAUCCAAUCCACUCGGUUCGACUCGAAUUCGACCCUUUCGAAAGGUCGAAUUCAUUUGUCGGAACAGAAGAGUAUUUGGCCCCCGAGAUCAUCUUAGGCAACGGUCACGAUUUCUCUUUGGAUUGGUGGUGUUUGGGAGUGGUGUUAUACGAAAUGCUGUACGGAACGACUCCCUUUAGGGGCUCGAACCUGAAGGAAACAUAUUAUAGAAUACUCUCCAAGGAACCGAAUUUAGUAGGUGAAACGACGUCGUUGAGAGACUUGAUAAGGAAGUUACUUAUAAAGGAUCCUAAACAGAGGAUAUCCCUGGAUGAAAUUAAGGGUCACGAUUUCUUUAAAUCUGUAGAUUGGGAUUUUAUCGUGUAUCUUCCAAGACCACCGUUUAUUCCUGUGGUGUCAGAUGAGAAUAUUAUAGAGGGGAAUAAGGAAAUUGAUGUGGAGUUAUUUGUACAGGGAGUGUUUAAAGUUGAAGAGGAGGAAGAUGAUGAUGAAAAUAAAAACAAAGGGGGAAUAAGUUAUCCUACCAAAGUUGAUAAAUUUUUGGUCUUUUGAUUUAUUUUGUAUAAUCUUACCUGAAGUACAGAGUAAGUUGCUGACACAGUAUUAAAUGAUUUUUGUUAAUCUUUGUCAGUCUUGAUCAUGUAACAGAAUUCUGAUUCCAUUUCGAACGCAAUAACAAUAUUGAGAGUUAACUAUU